AUGGAGGAACGCGAUGCAGCAGCAGCAGCAGCUGCUGCUGCUGCUGCUGCACGGGGUCUAGCGGCUGCUGCUGCUGCUGCUGCACGGGGUCUAGCGGGUCCCCGCCUCAGCAGCAGCGGGGGCCUCCUCGACCGAAGACAGCAGCAGCAGCAGCAGCGGCGGCGGGGGCAGCAGCUGCUUAGCAGCUCUCACUCUGUUACGUCUGCUGCUGCACUGGAGUAUAUUGAAGAGCAUGAAGACAGCUUUAGGGGCCUUCACCGUUUUGCUUCGCGCAGAUAUGGGUCCUACUCAGAGCUGCAGCAGCAGCAGCAGCAGCAGAUGCUGCACUUUGGAGACAGCGAAAUAGAGGAGCUCAGAGAGGCAUACAGCAAGGUACGAAGCCCCCCAAGCAGGGCAGGAGCAGCAUCAGCAGCAGAUGUUACUGAGCAGCAGCAGCAGCAGCAGCAGCAGAAGCAGCAACUAAGGCCUGGAGCAGACGAGCGGAGAGGGAUGGUGCGAGUCAGCACCAGCAGAGACAGACGGGGUGCUGCUCUUGCUGCUGCUGCUGCUGCUUCUGACUCGCCGGAAACAGCAGCAGACGAUGCACGCCUCAUGGCAGCUUCGGCAAGAGACAGCAGCAGCAGCAGCAGCAGCAGCAGCAGCAGCAGCACUCCGUUUGACGAAAUUCCAGUCUCUGUAGCUGCUUCAGGGGAGGGGCCCACCCCCUUUGAGGCUCUGCUGCAGCGGGCCUUGCAGCAGGAAGGAGACAGCAGCAGCAGACGCACCUCGUCCUCUGCCUCCAUGCAGCAGCAGCAGCAGCAGCAGCAGCAGCAGAGUCGACCCUUUCUUCGAAAGGGAACGAAUCUACAGGCGUGGAGGGCCCCCUCUGUCUGCGGUAGAAGGGGGCCCCCAGCAGCAAAAGCUGCAGCAGCAGCAGCAGCAGCGUCUGCAGCAACAACCCCAGAAGCUGCGGCCCUUCAAGGUGAGCUGCCCUCCACUACAACUGCUGCUGCUGCUGCUGCUGCUGCUUUUUCUGCUGCUGCUGCUGCUGCUGACCGACCUCUUCCUGGUGCUGCUGGCGCUGCUGCAGGAGCCGCUCUAGGGCCGGCGACACCUACAACACGAAGACAGCAGCAACUGCUGCAGCAGCAGCUGCAGCAGCAGUUGCAGCAGCAGCAGCUGCAGCAGCAGCAUCAACAGAGUCACCGCGUUAGUUCGUCUGAAGGCGAAGAUGAAGACAGCUCAGCAGCAGCAGUAGCUGCUGCUACAGCUGCAGCAGCAGCAGCAGCAGCAGAAGCCGCAGAGAGGCAGGCAGACCGGGAGGCAAGGCUCUUCACUGAAGACACACCCGCGAUGAGUUUGCUGCUGCAAGGACAGCAGCAGCAGCAGAAGCAGCAGCAGCAGCAGCAGCGGGUCUCAGAGCUUGCUGAUUCAGAACAGCUGGAAGAUGCAGAAGCAGAAGACGAUGACUGGCUCGGCGAACAGCUGCAGCAGCUGCAGCUGCAACAGCAGCAGCUGCAGCAGCAGCAGGCGCAGCUGCAGCACGGCAUGCAUCCGGUCUCCUCCCGCAAGCAAAAGCCACCAGCAGCAGCAACUGCAGCAGCAGCAGCUGGCUUUGAAGACGCAGCGCCGCUGCCGUCGCGUGACGGCGCACUCCAUCGAGAGGAAGCACCCCAGCAGCAGCAGCAGCAGCAGCAGCAGCAGCAGCAGCGGCAGCGGCAGCAGCAGCAGCAGCAGCAGCAGAGCGAAGAGGAAGACGAAGAUGAAGAUGAAGACGAGGAGACAAUCGGCCGCAGAAUGUCUUCACAACGGCAGCAGUUGCUAUCCAAACAGCAGCAGCAGCAGCAGCAACAGCAGCAGCAGCAGAAGCAGCAGCAGCAGUCUCAGGGCGAGCGAGAGCAGGAGUUGCUGUCGCCGCUGCAGCGGCCGCGUCUGAUAUCCUUUGCAGACGAAUUUGGUUCUGCUGCAGCAGGAGAAGCAGCAGCAGCAGCAGCAGCAGCAACACCUGAGGGCAGCAGCAGCGGGGCGCUGCAGCUAUCUGCUGCUGCUGCUGAAGAGAGUGAAAGAGAAUUGUUUAAAUCCAGAAUGGAGAUCCUCAAGCUGCAAAUGGGGCGCGAAGAUCGCCUGCGGAAUAUUUCAGCGGAACUCCGCCAGCAAAGAGCAGACCUCGAAGCAGAAAGAGGCCGACUGCAUUCAACAAUGAAUGAACAGCACCAGCAGGCGUUGCAGGAGAUCAACGCAUGCAGACAGCAGCUGCAGCAGCAGAAGCGCCGCCUAGCAGCGGAAAGAGAACGGCUGCGAGAGGGGCUGGCGCAGCAGCAUCAGCAGCAGCAGCAGCAGCAACUGCUGCAGCAGCAAGUGGUGGAGUUAAAGGAGGAGCUGCAGAGCCUCAGGAGCCGAUACCGUUCGGCGCACAGCCGCUGGGCAGCAGAGAAGCAGCAGCUGCAGCAGCAGCUAGAAGAAGCAAAAGCAGAGCUCAGGCUGGCGGUUAACGCGAGGAACCCUCAGCAUGCAGGUUUUUCUCGGGUGUCUGUUGCAUCGGUGUAUUUUGUGUUCGUCUUUUUGUUUUUUGCUGCUGCAGCAGCAGCAGCAGCAGCAAAUCGAUACCCUGGGAGGCCCUCGUCCGUCUCUGGGCGCAGCACACCCCUAUCACUUCGCCGCCAGCAGCAGCAGCAGCAGCAGCAGCAACAGCAGCAGCGGCAGCAGCAGCAGAGAACACAGGGCGCUUCAUCUGCUUCUCGUCGGCGUUGCAGCGUCAGCAGCACGAGCAGCAUUCGCAGCAGCAGCUGCUGCAGCACCCAGCGUUGGGAGCAGCAGCAGCAGCAGCAGCAGCGGCAGCAGCAGCUGGAGUCGUCUCCAAUGCUCUCCCCCUCUGCAUUAGAAGACCCUGACUGGGAAGACACCGCAGCAAGCAUGCUUGAACAGGGGCUUGCUGCUGCUGCUCCUGCUGCUGCUGCUCCUGCUGCUGCUGCUACUGCUGCAGCAGCUGCUGCUGCAGCUGCGGACCCCCCUUCAGCCUUGGGGCGCCUUGCGGCGUCAGUAGCUGAGAGCCUGCGACAGCAGCAGCAGCUACAGCAGCAGCAGCAGCAGCUGCUGCUGCAGAGCAGCACAUCGUUGCUUCCAGCAACAGCUUUCAUAUCUCCUACUGAUUCCUUCGGUCGCCAUAAUCCGCAGCAGCAGCUGCUGUACGAGCAGCAGCAGAUGCUGCAGCAGCAGCAGCAGCAGCUGAUGCAGCAGCAGCAGCUCUUGUUGCAGCUAUCUCAGUCUCUAGCUGCGGCGGGGGACCCUGCAGCAUCCGCCGCAGGGUCUGGGAAGCCGCAUCAGCAGAAGCAGCAGCAGCAGCAGCACAAGCAGCAGCAGCAGCAGCAGCAGCAGCAGCAGCAUUCGGGCGUGCUGCUGCAGCAGCCUGAAGCCUCGCAGAGUAGCACUUCAACUAGAGAGAGCAGCACUCACCACAGCAGCAGCAUUCCUCUUGAAGCAGAGCCUUUGCUGCUGCAGGAGGUUCAGACGCAGCUUGCUGCUUUUCCUGCCGGCUCGCAAAAGGCAGCAGCUGCAACAGCAGCAGCAGCAGCAACAACAGCAGCAGCAACAGUAGCAACAUCUCCACCUGCUUCAGGGCCCUCAGCGGCCACGGAUCUUCCUGUUGCUGCUGCUGCUAAUUCAACCCCAGCAGCCGCUGUUGCUGCCCCAGCCAACGCUGCUGCUGCUGCUGCUGCUGCUGCUGUUACUGCUGUGGACUCGCAGCAGCAGAAGUCGCCGCCAUCUGAAGGCCAGGAGCCGGGUGCGUAA